AUGAAUCCCGGAGAGUUCCCCAACCCGGGCGCGGGGCCUGGCCGGCCAGCCCCGAACGCCGCGAUGAGGAUGCAGGCAAACAUGCAGGCCCCGAAGAAUGACAAUGUGCAAUCUAUGAUGAGCUACGUUGCGCAAAUCUUGCAAGGUCAGGGUCCACAACCAGGUUGGCAGGCAGAGGUUCCAAUCAAGACCCGAGCGACAAAUGUUUAUCAAAUGAUCACAUCCCUCCGGUUGAUCCAACCUCGCAUCGACCUCCACCAAGCAGCCCAGGCGGCCAUGAGCUUCGAGUCAAAAGCAUUCAACAAGGCCAACGAGAAGAUUGAGUACGAAAAAGAAUGCACCGAGAAGCUCCUGCACAUCAGAAACACCCGAGAGAGACAGGCCGCGGUCGCUUACCAAACUGGUAUGAUGCCGCAGACGGGUGCCGCACAAAAUCAGAUCCCAGGCACUUUUCCACAACACAUCAACCAGAGCAUGCAGGCGUCCCCAGUUCCUGGUCAACCACAGAUAGCGAUGGGAAUGAAUGGAAAAAACCAGCAGAUGGCCAUGCAGCAACAGCAGCGACAGCAACAGCAGUCACAGGCGAUGCUCCAACAGCCACAGCAGCAACAGCCGCAACAGCGGACCCAACAGCGCUCUGUGAAUGGCUUCCCUAUGGUCGACGAGCUCAGCACACUCUCCCCCCAAGACCACGACCAUGUCUCUCGAUUGGCCACCGAGAUGUUGAACAAAACUACCCCAGAGGAUAUUCAGAAGAUCAAGAUGAAUCUGUCAAACAUGACUGCCGAACAGCGCCAAUAUCUACAACGAAAGAAGCUUGAUCCAAUGACCUAUUUCUUCCAAUCUCAGGCACUCACCCAGAUCAGACGCCAUCGUCGUGCUCGUCUGGAGAUGGGUGGACGUGGACCAAAUGCCGGGGUGGAUGUGAAUGGCAACAUGAUGGGCGAUCCGACGAUGAACUCUCAACAUCAGCGCCAGAUGCUUCAGAACAUGUUGAACCUUCAACGCAACUCCGCAUUUCCUGGAAAUCCCGGUCAGACGAUGGAACCUCCGAACUUCAUUGGUAAUGUGGAAAACAUUCAAGGACAGCAAGCCGAUGGCCUACGCUCACAGGAGGCUGGCCAGCUCGUGGUUCCUGCAAGCUCCUCACAAAUGAACCAGGCGCCGUUCCCCAACAAUAACAAUAAUAUGUUCUCGCAGCAGAUGGGCCAGAAUGGCCAGGCGAAUAUGAACAGCAAUAACCCCAAUGCUCAGGCCCAGUUCCUUGCCCAGCAGCUUAUGCAGACUGGAUCCAAUACCCCUAUGCAGUUCCAGACACCACAGUCUCAAGCUCAGGCGCGUGCGCAAGCAGCACAGAAGGCUCAAAUGGCAAUCUCGGGGCAUGGCGGUCAGGGCCCCCCUCAAGCACAGGCGCAACUCAACGGACAAAGCCCCGUCAUGCCAAUGCUGAAUCAACCCAUGGCUCCCGGUCAGAUGUCUCCAGUCCAAGUCCCUGCCCAAGCUCGUCCCCCAUCACGACCCGCGACUAUGGGCCAGCAUCCGGCUGGCGUUGGCGGACAGGUUGCGAUGCAAGGCCGACCCCAAAUACCUACGAAUAUUCCACCGCACAUUCAGGAACAACUUGCUCGAAUGCCCGCCGAACAGGCUCAAGCCUUCAUCAUGCAACAGCGUCGUGCCGCUCUCAACAACAUGGCUCGGGCCAAUCCCGAUGGGCAACGCUAUGAUGAGAGGCUCGAUGGGUGCCCCACAAGACUUGAACCAGGGGGAUUGCCACAAGGCCAGCAGAUGACUCCGCAGCAGCGUCAACAACGCCAGAAUGAGGCCUUUAAGCUUCAAUUACUACGCCAGCAGAAUAACGGCGUGGAGAUGACUUCUGAGCAGGGCAAGCAAAUGGAUCGCAUAGCUUUUCCACCGUCCAUUCUGAACAUGCAUGGCACCUCAAUGCAGGUUCCUCCGCAUGUUAAGACUUGGGGCCAACUAAAGCAAUGGGCAAUUUCAAACCCUCAAGUUGCCAGCCCCAACGACCUCCCACGUCUCAUGAUGUUACAAAAACUUCAUCUUGGCCAACUCAUUUCUGCCUCCGCCAAUCAAAUUAGAGACCAGAAUGGCCAUGGUCCAGCGGUAACACCAUUUCAAAGCACACAGUCUCCAUUUACGAAUGCGCCGGGCUUCCCUCCUGGUCAACAACCUGCUCCUUUCAAUAUGUCUGCCAUGCGACCAAUUUCCGCCCAAGAGGUCCAAAUGGCUCGUCAGAAGCUCGGACCGCAGGCGUCCAAUUUCACCGACGAACAAAUCCGUGAGAUUUUGUAUCGCAACCGGCAUAGGCAACUAGCGCAGGCAGCCCAAAACCGAGCAUCACAGCUCGAAGCUUCUGGUCAGCAAAGUCAAGGGACCGCGCAACCUCCCAUUCCCGCAGCACAACCAAUUCCCCAAACCAAACCGCAACCCCCCUCACAACAACCGCAAACCAUUUCUCCGGAGAUGAAUUCAAAGGCCCAAGCUGGAGUCGCGACCAAGGGGCCCAAGGGCGCUACUGGGAAGCAGCCUUCGAAAAAGAGACCCACCAGCGACAGUUCCAGGCGCUCCAGGGAAUACCCCCCAACGGCCAGGUUUCCCAAUUACGCAGGAACAGCUUGCACAAAUGACCCCCAGCAGCGGGCUCAGUUUGAGGCGCACAUGCGGAAGCAACAGCCUCAAAAUCGGGGCCAGAUUCUCAGUAGAGCUGCUGCUGAAGAGGCAUGGAAUAGGAACUUGCCACCGCAGAUCAUGGAAGUCUAUAAAGAUAUCGCCACUAACGCUCCACCCGCAAUGCCUACACCUCUCUCCCCAGAUCAGAAGGCUGCUAUGACAAAGCAAUUGCGUGAAGCCUUGGAUCUCCUCUGCCGCCUUGAUGCUUUGGUGCAGUGGUUCUCAAAGAUACAAGGCCAGGAGAAGAAUGUGAAGAAUCUUCUUGCCAUGCGGAUUCAAUUGAUGAGACAGUUCAAACCUACGCAGGAUUGGGUUGUGAACGAACAUUUCACAAUUAAACCCGAUUAUCUUGCUGGUGCCAUCCUUUUCAUGCGGAAGUUGUUUGCAGCUAUGAUCUCUCGCAUUCAUCACGGCCAACGCCCAAAUGCCCCGCAACCUCCUGGGGCCACCGCUCCAGCAACACAAGGUACUAUGCCAGCAUUGAACGCGACCAAUUUACAGCAGCUGCAGGCACAGGAAGAAGCACUGCAACGAGCUCGGCGCGCCUCUAGCCAAUCCGUGAACGCUCCGCCUGCACCAUUUGCGGCUCCAUCUCCAAGAGGUGUUCCUCAGUAUGCCUCGGGAGGACUUGCUCCCGAGAAUCUCAAGCUACCCCCGCCUAAAAAGCGAAAGCAGUCUCACGGUGUAGCAUCGUCCCCAAUCCAAGCAGCUGCAACGCCUAGCGCUGCGACGAAGUACAACAAAGCGGUGGCGGAUGCCACAUCGAACGCUGCAGCUAUGGUGGGUGCUUUCAAGUGCAGUGCGGUUGAGUGUCAACACCAUUAUCAAGGAUUCCUUACGCAGGCUGCCUUGGACAAGCACGUCGAAGAAAGCCAUCAACCCGAGGAGGAAGAAUUCAUCGAAGACCCCUUAAAAUAUUAUCAUGAGAGUAUCUCCAUUGGACUUGGUCUGAAUUCCAACGAUAGUCUUGAAGCUCAGCAGAUGGCUACACUUGGACCAGUACCGUCCUCCACCAAACUCAGUGCAGCGGCCUCUCCCGCGAAACAGAGUAUUUCUACCCCUAUCAUUGCUAAUACUACGCCAAUGGCUCGGGUUACCAGCCAACUCGGAGUCAAGAGCGCAUCUCCUGCUGCAUCAGCCCAGCUGCUCACUCCACAGUUGUCAUCCGUUAAGGGAGUCAAGCCUGUUGGCAAGGACGAAAAGAAAGAUGCUGUUGUUAAAUUGGAGGAUAGCGAGACGAAGGACCCGUGGGCGGAUUGUCCCACCUCGCUAGACACUCUCCACGAUACCUUUUCAAAUCUCGCGAGCAAGGAUCUACCUCAUCUGGGAUAUGAUUCGCUCGAGGACUUUGAUAUCAACGAAGCUACCCCGGUAGAUGACUGGGUAGCCUUUGCUAGUCUGACUCCUCCAGAUGAGGCCGAGGAGGCUGCCUUCUUGGAGAAAUUCUACGAACCUUGGGACGAUGAGUCCAUUGCGUUGGCUGCGGCACGCAUCCGCAUCCCGCCUGAGAUCCAGGUCAAGGGCAUCGGUCCUAUGGGCCAGCUCGAGGUUGACUGGGACGCCGUUGCGCGCUAUGAGAAGGAAGGGAUAUCCAUCCCCAUGACUUGA